UACGCACACACGCCAUCCACGCAGCGACUGAAAGUAAGGAGAACUGCUUUAAGGAAUGAGGAGUUUUUCACCUUAUUCCACUGCCAGGUUGCCUUCUAAGACAUGUAAGCAUUUUAAAGCGCCUUUUAAAAAUGUCGCAAACGACCUCGAUGCGGAUCAUCUGUAUUUUUUAUCCACCGAACCGGACGUAAUUUUUCAAGUUUCUCACUCGAAACGGGACAGGAAGGCAUCGGGAAAACUUUCUGCGCGAGGACUUUCAUAGCCAGCGCUGCCUGGGAAGAGAGCGCGUGCUUGCGUACUUUUUCCAAACGGGGCUCCAGCAAAACGUCUUCUGCGGUCGUGCGCGGAGGGACCGCCUGAUCCGCUCAGGCUUUUCGGACAUAUAUUGUGGGUGGUAGCGUGAAUGACCUGUGUUGGCAUUGAGGGAUGCCAGCAUGCCCUCGCUGAUUUUCUCCCAUCUGCUCCUCAUCUGGCUCGCGCUCCAGCGGCUGGCUCUGUGCGGAGAGCGCGCGUCCACUCGCGAGCGCUUCAAAGUGGUUAUCGCGCCACUCAUCUGCAAACGGACGUGUCUGAAGGGACAGUGUCAGGACACCUGCGAGCAGGGCAACAACACGACCCUCAUCGGUGAAAACGGACAGUCGGCGGACACACUGACCGGGCCGGGCUUCAGAGUCGUGGUGUGUCCUCUCACCUGUAUGAAUGGAGGAGUAUGCAGUACCCGCACACAUUGUCUCUGUCCACCAGGCUUCACCGGACGCCUCUGCCAAUUCCCACUUCGGACUCAAGCUUCUCGAGGCAACAAGCAGCCCGUCUACAGUGUACAGGUGAUGCCUGAGUCCCAGAGUCUGUCAGAGCCAGGUGGCACAGGUGGGCGGCAGCAGAUGACACAGACACACUCUGUGUUCACUCUGCAAGGCACUGGACAUCACUCUUCUGAAGUGCAGGUCAAUGUUCGUGUUGUUCACACGCCAGACACUUCAGUUGUCAUUCAUUCUGUCGACCAAUCAGAGAACAAGCCUCACAGUGCCAAGACUGUGACCCGCCUCCCUCCACAGACGCACAAGCCAAAGGGGAGGUGCUUCCAGGAAACCACACCCAAACAGGCUUGUAGUAGUAACCCUCUCCCUGGUUUGACCAAUCAGGAAGACUGCUGUGGCAGUGUGGGUAAUUCCUGGGGCCAAAAUAAUUGUUACAAAUGCCCAUUACUACCUUAUGCUGGGAAACACCAGACUAUAGUAGAGGACUUUGGCUCCACGUGCCCUCAGGGAUACAAGAGACUUAACAGCACUCACUGCCAAGACAUAAAUGAAUGUAUGAUGCAGGGACUGUGUCAGAAUGGAGAAUGUUUAAACACACAGGGAAGUUUCCGCUGCACCUGCAAACCUGGUUAUGUACUGACAGAAAGGACACGCUGUGUUGCAUCAACAGCAACAGUUGAGCAGGGGCUCUGUUAUCUUAUGGUUAUGGAAGCAGGGAAAUGUGAGCAUGCUCUUCCAACACGCCUUUCCCAGGAGAUCUGCUGCUGCACUGUGGGUAAGGCAUGGGGAAGCAACUGCGAGAGAUGCCCACAGGAUGGGACAGCUUCCUUUAAUAAGAUCUGUCCAGCGGGAAAGGGGAUGUCUUUCCUGACCUAUCAUGGCACUCUGUCCAUUCAGCCCUUCCUGACCAGUAUUAAACACAUUAAUCCUGACACUGAGGUCAAGUCUCCGGAAAUCCCAAUUCAGACGACCACGCCCAUGCAGCUCUCACCAAUCAGCACACACGGGCCACGCCACCCAGUCAUUGUGGCCAGGCCAACAACUCCUCCCAUAGUCCAUGUGCCUCCAGAGAGUGAUUCACAUGAAGUGGCCCAGACGCAGGUUUCACCAAUGGAUGACUGCAAGCUGAACAGAAAUAUAUGCGGCCAUGGAGAGUGUGUGAACAUGCCAAAUGGUUUCAUGUGCCACUGUUACACUGGAUAUCGACCACAUGCACAGAGAAAGAGUUGUGUGGAUGAAAAUGAAUGUGACUCGGAGCCAUGUGGUAGAGGCACCUGCAUUAACACCGUGGGUUCCUACAGAUGCAACUGUUACAAUGGCUACAAACCUGUGGUGCAUCAUGGGAAACGCAGAUGUAUUGAUGUAAACGAGUGCUCUAAGCCUGAUAUCUGCGGAGUUGGAGGGCAUUGCACUAAUUUGCAUGGAUCCUAUAAGUGUGAGUGUCUGCCGGGCUUCCGGAGCAAAUCACGCAGACAACCUCUCUGUGAAGACAUUAAUGAAUGUUCGGACCCGAGUAUCUGUCCUAACGAACAGUGUGAGAAUACUGUUGGAUCCUAUGAGUGUAUACCCUGCCAACCUGGAUACCAAGCACAGGGAGGAGUGUGUUACGAUGUCAAUGAGUGUCAGAAGCGUGGUGUUUGUCUGAAUGGCCGUUGUGAGAACUUGGCAGGAUCAUAUCGAUGUCUGUGUAAUGAGGGCUUCCUGCCUGAGACUGACAGCAAAGGCUGCAGAGACAUCAAUGAGUGUCAGGAUAACCGUCUGUGUGCUAACGGUCACUGCAUUAACACUCAGGGAUCAUUCAGCUGCCAGUGUUACACUGGUUACCAGCCUACACAAGAGGGAAGCCACUGCGAAGAUAUUAAUGAGUGUGAGCGAGCUUCCAACUGUCAGCGAGGACGCUGUAUCAAUACGAUGGGCUCUUACCGCUGCGAGUGCCAAAAAGGAUACAUGCCCGUCAGUGGGCGCCGAUGCCAGGAUGUGGAUGAAUGUCAUGACGAGUCCCUGUGUACCAACGGAUAUUGUGUGAACACCCGAGGGUCAUUCUACUGCACCUGCAACCCACCCUGGGUCCCUGAUGCCUCUAACAAGAAGUGUGUCUUUCCCACAGUUACAGGUGUGGAUGAAUGUCUGGACCUUGCUAAUUGCAAAAAUGGCCACUGUGUAAACACCCAAGAUUCCUAUUAUUGCAUCUGCACUCCUCCCUGGAUUCUGGCAACCGACCGUAACAGCUGUGUCACACUUGAGGAGCAGGCGGUAACGGGUGUGUCUGUGGUGCACCUUUCAGAUGUGAAUGAGUGUGAAGAUCCCUCCUACUGUAGGAACGGGAGAUGUGUCAACACUCCCGGCUCCUUCCACUGCAUUUGCAAGCAGCCACACACCUUCAGUGCAGCCCUCAAGCAAUGCGUCUAUGAUGACCGCACUGCAGCACAUAAGGACAUAUGUUUCCAGGAGGUUGAUGAGGAUCUUAUGUGCACUAUGCCACAAAAUGAGCUAACGGUGACGUACUCCGAGUGCUGCUGUCACUACGGUCGAGGCUGGGGCCCAGAGUGCCGGACCUGUCCAAAUAGAAAUUCAGUGCUUUUUAACAGGUUGUGUGAGAUGCAUUUGGAGACUGAGUCUGACGGAGAGGGGGACUUCCUGGCAAUUCUCUCCAAUUACAACCCAGAGGGAGACAGUUCAGAGGAAGACUCAGACGAGUGUAGCUGUGCUAAUGGACGGUGCGUGCGCUCCUAUCUGGGUACGAUGUGCGAGUGCAAUACUGGAUUUGUACUGGACCACUCGCGAACACGCUGUAUAGAUAUCGAUGAGUGUGCGGGCCGAGGGACAGGGCAGAGUCCCUGCAAGAAUGCACGCUGUAUUAACACCCUCGGUUCAUUCAAAUGUCACUGUAAACUCGGAUUUGUAGUGGCACGCCGACCAAACGUGUGUAUACGUGCUAGGGCUCAGUAGCAGCACUGCAACUCAUCCACACAGUUAACGCUUCAACAGCCCACACUCGCUCUCAUGUACAUACAGAAAAAUUCAGAUGCCACCACUAAUACACAUCGUCAAAUCUAGUAUAACUGCAAUUAUGAACAUUUACCCAUAAACACACACAAAAAAACAUUUCAUGUUUCGCAUUCUCAUUUCCUGUUAUGUCCUUAUGUUGGGAAUGAAUCAUUAACUUCUGAAAUAUUAAGAUGUUGCUUUUAUUGUAUACUUUUAUUCAUAUCUGUUUGCACCCAAUUGAAAAUGUGUUUGUUGCUGGAUGAGGGAUUGUCAUUGGAUGAAAUGUGUCUUCUAACUUAAGUGGGUUCAUUUUUUUUGUAAUUAUGUUGCUGCUCAGCACGUUUUGGUUAACUUUAUUAUAGCUCAAUAUUUUGUUAAAUAUUG